CGAUCCCCUUCUCUGCUGCAGCGGCUCAAGUCCAUCAAUUUCCACAUUCCACAAGAUUUAUCCAACAACCCAUCUCAGCCCAUCGCCGACGCAGCCCCUCCGCACAAAACCCAUGAGCCGGAAUCCCAUUUCGAGCAAGCUCCCGAGCAGGAGGAGUUCCCAGAUGACGACAGUUUGGAAGAACACGAGCACCCAGAACCAGAAACUCCAGAUUUUUCAAAAGCAGGGGAUAAACAGAGCGCCCUGGAGGAGAUUUUCAGCCAGCUGAAGCCGUUAUGGGACUGCCACGUGAACCGGACCAAGUCGGACACCAAGCCGGCGUCCGGCGAGGUUCCCGUCAAGCUCCCGCAGAAGAUGAAGAAAUCUGCGAGCUCCAAGUCUGCUUUUGCUCAUUUCCAGGAGGAUGAUAUCGUCGAGAUUCGUUGGCCCGCGACCGUGAGGGAGAGAAAGGUGGCGAAGAUGGCGGAGGAUGACGAGGAGGUGGACGCCAAGGCGGAUGAUUUCAUCAACAAGUUCAAGAAGCAGCUGAAGAUGCAGCGGCUGGAUUCGAUCGUAAGGUACAAGGACAUGAUCACUAGAAGGAGCUCCUGGACCCGGCGAUCAAAGGAACGCUCAAUGUUCUGACGGCGGCGAAGCAGGCUGGGGUCAGCCGUGUGGUGCUGAUGUCAUCCAUCUCCGCCAUCACUCCCAGCCCAAGCUGGCCGUCCGAUAAGAUCAAGGGCAAGGAUUGUUGGACAGACAUUGACUACUGCAAGCAGAAGGGAUUGUGGUAUCCAUUAUCGAAAACGCUGGCGGAGAAAGCUGCGUGGGAAUUUGCCAA